AUGCAUCUAUCACCACUCGAAAUACCAGGGAUCGCCGCAAGCGUGCUGCAACACCUCGACUCGAGGAGCUUGGUUGCCGCUGCGCAGGUCAACAGCCUAUGGGCAGAGGAGGCUACAAAUUAUAUCUGGCGAGGCGCAUACCGCGAUUCCUUCGAGUCUCUUUCAUCACCGCUGAGGAGAUUAGCGGAUUCUGAGAAGGAACGGCGAGAUUGGUACUCUAAAAAGAUCCGUUAUUUGAGCCUCGAGAGGAGUGAUGAUGAUAGUAAUGAUAAUAUUCCAAUCGUUCAACUACUGAAGCAGAAAAGGUUCCACUUCCCUAAUGUGAAGUCCCUGAUCGUCGACAUCGGCAGCGAAAAUAUGAAAGAGGAGGACAUGGCCCAAUUCUUGCAGCCGAAUCUUGCCUGUCUAGAGCUCUUUGGCGGAUAUUAUACUCGAUGGUUUCUGGAGCAGAUCCGGAAAAAUGCGCCUUCACUCCGCGCGCUUCUCCUCGACAAUCGCCUCGUCGAUGACGACCCGUCAACGACCCUCUUAACAGAAGACGAUUUCCUGAAUUUCCUCAAGGCGAUGCAGUCGAUCAAACACCUGGAACUGAUAAUAGGGUGGGAUCCACUGCUAACAGAAAAAGUGAUGACCUAUCUCAUGUUCCGGCCCGGACUCGAGAAACUUGGUACAGGACAUGGAGUCCGUUGGCGUUAUAGUACCGUGCGGAGAGCGCUGAGCGAAAACCCCGACCUUGUCCCUUUCCCGCAUCUGCGCUCUCUCCAAGUUACUGCUGAGGAUAAAGCGUUGCGUCUGAUCCUGGGAUUGCCCCUGCUGAAGAACACCCUGCAGAGGAUAGAUAUCGCGGUCGUCGACUGCCAGUCAUCGCCAGUAGACACACCGCGUUUCGCGUCGUCGUGCACGCGCUUGGAAGAAGUAAUCUUUUCGUGGGAGCAUGGCGACCUUUCCGGAACAUCGCUCGUAGAACUCGCGGCCCACUGCCCGAUGCUCCGCAGAGUGCAGUUUGAAUCCGAGAACGGGUCCAUCGUCGAUCUCUCGGACGAAAAGAUCGAAAAGCUCGCGUCAAAACUGGGCCAUCUGGAGGUUCUCUCGCUUCCAGCUAUCGGUGGUACCAUAACUUCCAGAUCAUUAGCCUCGCUCGCCCGUCACUGUCCUCGUCUGAAGGAUCUGACGAUGCCUGCCGAUGUGGAGAUUCUCCAGCUGCUGGACGAGGAGCCCGAGCAGGAGGUGCAUUUCCCGUCGCUGCAGAGGCUUGACCUCGAGAACAUCUUCACGGUCCUCCAUCCCGUGGAAUCGAAAGAAGACCUUGCGGUCUUCCAAGAGAGGAUCAUUCGCCUGCUUGACGAGCGGUUCCCGUCCUUGAUGGAUUUCGCCUUCAACCCUACGCCUCCGCAUGGCCAUGGCUCGGACCCGUUGAUUGCCACGGUCAGGGAACAUUUGGCGCAGAGAUCGUUGCCCUUUUCUAUGCCGUUCAUGGUUGGUAAGGAGCUGACGGCGAGACUGAUAGAAAGUGAGCCUGGAAGCAGGUACAAUCCUUUGUCUUGA